GCUGGCACAGACUGCACCUGAUAUACUAAUAUACCUGAGUAUGCGGAUAUAGAGUGGAGUAUAUACGUCUUAGUUCAUGGCAUAUUUGCCCUGGUUUGAGUAUACUAAUCUUAGUGAAGGUAUACUUGCAUUGGUGACAACAUAAGUGUAAUAAUGUAAGACAGCAAUCAGGUAUAUGGAACCACAAUACUAACCCUUUAGGGGAAAGUUAGUGGGAAACAAUGCACACUGAUACUGCAGUAACGACUCCCUAUGGUAAUGACAAGCCACUAGAUUGACAAACCACUGGAGUAAUAAGCCACUAGAUUGACAAGCCACUGGGGUAACAAGUCACAGGAGUAACAAGAAUCCACUUGACUGAGGCAACUAUUCAUCAAGAGAGUCACCAUGGAAAUAUAUCGCUCGUCUACCUUCAUGGUGUCAGCACCAGCCUUCCUGAAGGUUACUGAGAUGGUGAUGCUGGUGAUGGCGAUUGUGAUGUUCGUUUUGAGCAACAAGUGUAGCAGUAACGGUAGCUAUGUGACGCUGUAUGUGCUACCGUGUGCUGUAUGUGCAAGCGUCACUCUGGUUACCUACGUCACAGCUCUGCUAAUGCUGACUGGAGGCAGGAACCCACUCGUCACCUCCACAUGGGUCAAGGGAGAGGUGUACUUCAACGUGGCUGGAAUGGUGGUCAUGGUGGUUGGCUCCAUCAUCACCCUCACUAACAAAGCUUGCUCAGAUACUCCUCUCACCAUCACCUCCAUUGCUCUGGGUUUCAUUAGUGCAGUGCUGUUUGUCUGCAGUGCUGCCAUCACCUACCUGAAGAUGGUGCACUACCAAGAGAAGAUGAAAGCACAGAAUGUGCAACUCCAGAAAAACAGAAUAACUCUUAGUGUUAUAACAUAGCUUAUUAGAAUAAUAAAGUGCUAUAUUAGU